GAAUUUUGUGAAUAUUGUAAACAUUUGAAAUUUGGAAUCCUCGAAUGAAUUAUUGCUAGGAAGAUGUUAUCGUUGAAGCACAACUGUAGAUUUAUUGCUAACAAAAUAUCAGAAGCGGUUAAUGGUCGACAGCCAGUUUUAAGUGAAACACUAGGGCGCCAAAUAAGUUUACUCAACCACCCUCUGAAAAAAUUGUUCAGUUCUAAUGUUGAAGGUUCACCAACUCUGGCAAAUCACAACAAUUCACCAGGUGGAAAUACCGAAACAGAAACCAACUAUGAUGCCAUCACAAAUGGUGACAAGACUUUAGAAACUAAAUUAAAAAUCAUAAUGUUGGAGGCUGAAGUAUUAAGACAAGAAGGAAAAGCAGUGCCAGAGAGUUCAUUUGUUACUGAGGAACAAUGGAAAGAAAUAUUAAAUCUGACCACAAGGACGGCAAGAAAAAAAUAUUUUGAAUAUUUGUUCAAGUUGUCUAAAAGGCUGGAAAAUGUUCAGGUUAAAAAGGAACAAAAGCGUUUGGAAUUUGAAGAAAUCAAGAGGAGAAAAACAGAAGAAAAUAAGGGUGAAGAAACUAUAGAAGAUCAUGCCUUGAAGUAUGAUCUUCAACAUAACAAUAUCUUCCUAAGAUUUUAUGACACUACAAUAAACCAAAUGUAUAAUAACAGACUUAUACAAGCCAUUCAAUUUGGACAAAAACUAGUAGUUGACUGUGGAUAUGAUGGUAACAUGACUAAGAGAGAAAACCAGAGCUGUGCAAAACAACUUAUGCUGAUAUUUGCUGAAAACAGGCUUCAUGAUGAACCUUUUGAUGUGCAUUUUUGUAAUGUACACAGAGAUAGUGAACUAAUCAAACAGUUGCACAAAUUCAUCCCAACAAUGAAUGAGCCAUGGUUUCCUCUCAAUCUUCAUGAAAACAGCUAUUUGAAUAUAUUUCCCAAAGACCAACUAGUCUAUCUAACUCCACACUGCAGAGAAGAACUCAAAGAGUUUGAUCAUGACACAGUUUACAUCAUAGGAGGAAUUGUAGAUAAGGUGAACAACGACCCAUUGUCCUUAGCGAAAGCCAAACGCGAAGGCCUCAGGAUGGCCAAGCUGCCGCUGGACAGGUACCUGCAAUGGGGCUCUGGCUCGGGCAAAAGCCUCACGCUGAACCAAGUCGGGUCUAUCCUAUUGGACGUCAAGCGGUAUGGUAAUUGGGAGAAGGCCCUUCGUCACGUGCCAAGAAGAAAACUCGUGGAUUUCGGGGCAGCAGGCGGUGUUAGGAAGCCCUGGGAUAGGGAUGGGGGCGCGAGGCAAUGGAGACCGGCUGCUAAUGUCGAUUUUGGGAACUUGAGUUUUAAUAAUGGUGGUAGGAAGAACGAUAAUGACGCCAGGAGAACGGUGAAUGUCAAUAUAAGAAGUCUUUAUGAGGAGUGAAAUGUACAAUGUAUUGUAUUAUUGAAAAUCUCGUGAUAAAAUAUAUUAAUUUUAAAGUAUUAGUAUGUCAGCAAAGAUUGUUGCCUUAUAUGUUUGACACAUUAAA